AUCCAAUAAUAGGGCGUCUUGUAUCUUGGUGAUAGCUGCAGUGUGUUGUCCCGAAAAGGUUGUCACCCCCUCCCUCUCUAAAAUGAUGUCAUACAAAACCCAAGUGACGUAGGGUGUGUGGUCCUCAUUGGCUCCCCCUUCGGGGGGCGAUCCGCAGGUUUGCGGCCGCUUCAUUUCCGCUUUCAGCCGCAGACGGGAGCAGUUCGACGAAGGAAAACAUAGCAAACAUGCUGUCUCGUGUGGGUCUUACCGCCAUGCGCGGCGCUCGCUCGAUGGCGACGGACGCCAAGAAGGCCACGGGCUCGGUCGGCCAGAUCACGCAGAUCAUUGGUGCCGUCGUUGACGUGCAGUUCAAGGACAACCUGCCGCCCAUUCUUAACGCCCUGGAGAUCAAGACCCAGGACAACACGCGCAUCGUGCUCGAGGUCGCCCAGCACCUGGGUGAGAACACGGUCCGUACCAUCGCUAUGGAGGGCACGGACGGUCUCGUGCGUGGCCAGGAGUGCGUCGACACGGGCAACCCCAUCAUGGUUCCCGUGGGUCCGGAGACGCUUGGCCGUAUCAUGAACGUGAUCGGUGAGUCUGUGGACGAGCGUGGCCCUAUCAACGCCAAGCGUCACGCCCCCAUCCACACGUCGGCUCCUCUGCUGACUGAGCAGGGCUCUGGCGCUGAGAUCCUGGUGACGGGCAUGAAGGUCGUUGACCUGCUGGCCCCGUACGCCAAGGGUGGUAAGAUUGGUCUGUUCGGUGGUGCCGGUGUCGGUAAGACGGUCGUUAUCAUGGAGCUGAUUAACAACGUUGCCAACAACCACGGUGGUGUGUCCGUGUUCGCCGGUGUGGGUGAGCGUACUCGUGAGGGUAACGAUCUGUACUACGAAAUGAUCGAGUCGGGUGUGAUCAAGAUCAACGAGGACGGUACGACCACUGGCUCCAAGGCCGCUCUGGUGUACGGUCAGAUGAACGAGCCCCCUGGAGCUCGUGCCCGUGUGGGUCUGACUGGUCUUACCGUCGCCGAGUACUUCCGUGACGUUGAGGGCCAGGAUGUGCUGCUCUUCGUCGACAACAUUUUCCGUUUCACCCAGGCGUGCUCGGAGGUGUCGGCUCUGCUGGGUCGUAUCCCGUCUGCUGUGGGUUACCAGCCCACUCUGGCCACGGAUCUGGGUGCUCUGCAGGAGCGUAUUACUUCGACCAAGAAGGGCUCCAUUACGUCGGUGCAGGCCAUUUACGUGCCCGCUGAUGACCUGACGGAUCCGGCUCCGGCCACCACGUUCUCCCACUUGGACGCCACGACUGUGCUGUCGCGUCAGAUUUCCGAGCUGGGUAUCUACCCGGCUGUGGACCCCCUCGACUCCAAGUCGCGUAUGCUUGACCCGCGUAUUAUCGGCCAGGAGCACUACGACGUGGCCCGUGCCACCCAGAAGCUGCUGCAGGACUACAAGGGUCUGCAGGACAUUAUCGCCAUUCUGGGUAUGGAUGAGCUGUCGGAAGACGACAAGCUCACCGUCGCUCGCGCCCGUAAGGUGCAGAAGUUCAUGUCGCAGCCGCUGCACGUGGCUGAGGUGUUCACGGGCAAGGCCGGCAAGUUCGUGCCGCUCCAGGACACGAUCUCGUCGUUCAAGGACAUCAUCGCUGGCAACUACGACGACCUUCCGGAGGCUGCCUUCUACAUGGUUGGCGGUAUCGAGGAGGUCAAGGCCAAGGCUGCUGAGCUGGCGGCCGAGCUUGACGAAUAAGUUACUCGGUUCGAAAUGCAGAGCGGAAGAUAAGCAACCCCUUAAACUCCUCCCCACCUCAAUGGAAAGCGGCGUCUAGUGUGCGGCACGUGAGACCGGAAAUUGAAAAAAAAAGCAACAACAGAACUCAAGCAGGCCUCAGGGUUUGUAAGUGGACUAGCUUUCUUGUAUUCUCUGCGUUUCAUAUUCGUUGUAGCCUCUGCCUUCCAAUAAAGCAAUGAAAAAACUUAAACCAACUUGUUUCUUUCAAGGUCCAGGUAAAAAGCUGCAUGCAUAACAAGAC